AUUGAAGUCUUUACUACUUAUGUGUGACCUGUUAAGUUAAAAGGGACACAUUGAUGUAGGAAUCAUAUGACAGCAUGCUGCUCUCUAGAACCCAACCAAGUUAAAAGGGUUUUAGGGGACACAUUGAUGUAGGAAUGAUAUGACAGCAUGCUGCUCUCCAGAACCCAACCAAGUUAAAAGGGUUUUGGGGGACACAUUGAUGUAGGAAUGAUAUGACAGCAUGCUGCUCUCUAGAACCCAACCAAGUUAAAGGGUUUUGGGGGACACAUUGAUGUAGGAAUGAUAUGACAGCAUGCUGCUCUCCAGAACCCAACCAAGUUAAAAGGGACACAUUGAUGUAGGAAUGAUAUGACAGCAUGCUGCUCUCUAGAACCCAACCAAGUUAAAAGGGUUUGGGGGACACAUUGAUGUAGGAAUGAUAUGACAGCAUGCUGCUCUCUAGAACCCAACGUACUGUUGGGUUUUAAUAUGUGUCUGACUGCUGUUGGAAACGCUCUGAUACAAGCCUGUCUGUGAUAGGUCAACAAUGCAACGGCACGGGUAAUGACCAAUAAGAAGACAGUCAAUCCUUAUGCAAAUGGGUGGAAGUUGAACCCAGUCGAUCGGUGCAGUCUACAGUCCAGAGUUCUAUGCAGUACCGGGCUUCCCCUACUCAGCAGCCAGUGCUGCGGUGGCGGCCUACAGAGGGGCCCAUCUAAGAGGUCGAGGGCGUACGGUCUACAACACAUUCAGAGCAGCUGCACCCCCACCUCACAUCCCCACAUACGGAGGGGGGGCUAUGCUGCCUACAGGUAUACUCAGCCUGCUGCCGCCACAGCAGCUGCUGCAUUCGGUGACAGUUACGGACCAGUAUAUGCUGCGGACCCCUACAACCACCCACUUGCUCCAGCAGCCACAUACAGCAUUGGUGCCAUGAAUCCGUUUGCCCCGUUGGCUGAUGCCAAGACGAGGAGUCAUGCUGACGACGUGGGGCUGGUGUUGUCCUCCCUGCAGGCUAGUAUAUACAGGGGAGGCUACAGCCGCUUCGCCCCAUACUAACCCACCAACCAACCUCCCUAAAACCAAACAACAACCAAUCCUUUCUGACAGGGAUACAACCGAGCAACCAACCAACCAACCUC